GCAGAGAGAGAGAGAGAGAGAGAGAGGCCGUACACUGUCUGUUCAGUAGAGGAGGAGGAGUGGAAAUUCCGGAGGUGGAAAUGGCGUCGACGAGCAAAGCUGCGGAUUCGCACCGCCAAGUGCAGUCCUCCAACGCGGCGGCGGCGCGGGUGGCGUACCAGACGGACUCCGUGAGCAAGGCAAUUGCGCAGUACACGCAGGACGCGCGCCUCCACGCUGUGUUCGAGCAAUCGGGGGAGUCCGGUAAGUCCUUCGACUACUCGCAAUCCGUUAGGACCACCACGCAGUCCGUCCCCGAGCAGCAAAUCACCGCCUACCUGUCAAAAAUCCAGAGGGGCGGGCACAUACAGCCCUUCGGCUGCGUGAUUGCGGUGGACGAGGCUACUUUUAGGAUCCUUGCCUAUAGUGAGAACGCCAGGGAGAUGCUGGGGCUCAUGCCGCAGUCCGUGCCGAGCCUCGAGAAGCCGGAGGUCCUCGCGAUUGGGACGGACGUCCGUACGCUCUUCACGCCCUCGAGUGGGGUCCUGCUCGAGAAGGCGUUCGGGGCGAGGGAGAUUAUGCUGCUGAAUCCCCUCUGGAUUCACUCGAAAAAUUCGGGGAAGGCGUUCUACGCCAUUUUGCACAGGAUUGAUGUGGGCAUUGUGAUUGAUUUGGAACCCGCGAGGGCAGAGGAUCCUGCCUUGUCGGUUGCUGGUGCUGUGCAGUCACAGAAGUUGGCGGUGAGAGCAAUUUCUCACCUGCAAUCACUUCCUGGCGGCGAUAUUAAGCUGUUGUGUGACACUGUGGUCGAAAGCGUGAGGGAACUUACUGGGUACGAUAGGGUCAUGGUCUACAAGUUUCAUGAAGAUGAGCAUGGGGAGGUUGUGGCUGAGAGCAAGAGGCCGGACUUGGAGCCAUAUAUUGGCUUGCACUAUCCUGCCACUGAUAUUCCGCAGGCAUCAAGGUUCUUGUUUAAGCAGAACCGAGUUAGGAUGAUUGCGGACUGCCAUGCUAUGCCAGUUCUUGUCAUACAGGACGAGAGUCUCAUGCAACCUCUGUGCUUGGUUGGGUCAACACUUCGCGCCCCUCAUGGUUGUCAUGCGCAGUACAUGGCUAACAUGGGCUCCAUCGCUUCAUUGGCUAUGGCUGUCAUUAUAAAUGGCAAUGAUGAAGAAGCUGUUGGAGGCCGUAACUCCAUGAGGCUAUGGGGUCUGGUGGUUUGUCAUCACACGUCAGCCAGGUGCAUUCCUUUCCCUCUCCGAUAUGCAUGUGAGUUCUUGAUGCAGGCCUUUGGACUUCAAUUAAACAUGGAAUUGCAGUUGGCAUCUCAAUUGUCUGAAAAGCAUGUUUUAAGGACCCAAACUUUGUUGUGUGACAUGCUUCUUCGGGAUUCCCCUGCUGGAAUUGUCACUCAGAGCCCUAGUAUCAUGGACCUGGUGAAAUGCGAUGGUGCGGCACUUUUUUAUCAAGGGAAGUACUACCCACUUGGUGUGACGCCAACGGAAGCCCAGAUAAAGGACAUUGUGGAGUGGUUAUUAGCAUUUCAUGGAGACUCAACUGGUUUAAGCACGGACAGUUUGGCUGAUGCUGGAUACCCUGGGGCGGCCUCACUUGGGGAUGCAGUAUGUGGGAUGGCUGUUGCUUAUAUCACUAAGAGGGAUUUUCUGUUCUGGUUUCGGUCCCAUACAGCAAAAGAGAUAAAAUGGGGUGGUGCUAAACAUCAUCCCGAGGAUAAAGAUGAUGGGCAGAGGAUGCACCCGCGUUCUUCUUUUAAGGCAUUUUUGGAAGUGGUUAAGAGCCGGAGUUUGCCAUGGGAGAAUGCAGAGAUGGAUGCAAUUCACUCUUUGCAGCUCAUUUUGCGCGACUCAUUUAGAGAUGCUGAGCCAAGUAACUCCAAGGCUGUCGUCAAUGCUAAACAAGGGGAUCUUGAGUUCCAAGGCGUGGACGAGUUAAGCUCGGUUGCAAGGGAGAUGGUUCGUUUGAUAGAAACAGCAACUGCUCCUAUAUUUGCUGUAGAUGUUGAUGGCCGCAUAAAUGGGUGGAAUGGAAAGAUGGCAGAAUUAACGGGGCUCUCGGUUGAAGAAGCGAUGGGGAAGUCCUUGUUGCAUGACCUUGUUUUUAAGGAAUCAGAAGAGAUUGUUGACAAACUUUUACUUCAUGCCCUACAAGGUGAAGAGGAUAAAAAUGUAGAGAUAAAGUUGAGAACGUUUGGGCCAGAACACCACAAGAAGGCUAUUUUUGUAGUGGUUAAUGCUUGCUCUAGCAAGGAUUAUAUGAACAAUAUAGUUGGAGUUUGCUUUGUUGGUCAAGAUAUUACUGGUCAGAAAAUAGCAAUGGACAAAUUUAUACACAUACAAGGCGAUUACAAGGCUAUUGUUCAUAGUCCCAAUCCUUUGAUCCCUCCAAUAUUUGCUUGCGAUGAUAAUACUUGCUGCUAUGAAUGGAACACUGCCAUGGAAAAGCUCACUGGUUGGACACGAGGUGAGAUUAUGGGAAAGAUGCUUGUUGGGGAGGUCUUUGGCAGUUGCUGUCGGCUCAAAGGUCCAGAUGCAUUGACGAAAUUCAUGAUCGUUUUGCAUAAUGCAGUUGGAGGUCAGGAUGCAGACAAGUUUCCUUUCACUUUCUUUGACCGACAUGGAAAAUUGGUGCAAGCACUCUUGACUGCUAAUAAGAGGGUCAGCAUGGAUGGGAAGAUUAUUGGAGCCUUCUGCUUUAUGCAAAUUGCAAGUCCUGAGCUGCAGCAAGCUCUGAAAGUUCAGAGGCAGCAGGACAAGAAAUGUUUUUCAAGAAUGAAAGAGCUGUCUUAUAUGUGUCAAGAAAUAAGAAAUCCUUUAAGUGGCAUACGUUUUACUCACUCACUCUUGGAGGCCACGGGCUUGACUGAGGAUCAAAAACAGUUUCUUGAGACUAGUGCUGCUUGUGAGAAGCAGAUGAUGAAGAUAAUAAGUGAUGCUGAUUUGCGAAGCAUUGAAGAUGGUUCAUUGGAGCUUGAGAAGGCCGAAUUCUUUCUUGGAAGUGUUAUGAAUGCUGUUGUUAGCCAAGUAAUGAUAUUGCUUAGAGAACGAGGUUUGCAAUUGAUUCGUGAUAUUCCAGAUGAAAUCAAAACGCUGGCUGUCUGUGGUGAUCAGCUGAGAAUUCAACAAGUGUUGGCUGAUUUCUUGUUAAAUAUGGUGAGACAUGCUCCAUCUCCAGAGGGUUGGGUGGAGAUUCACGUUCAUCCAAGUCUGAAGCAAACUUCUGGAGGACUAACUCUUGUGCACAACGAAUUUAGGAUUGUGUGUCCUGGUGAAGGUCUACCUCCUGAGCUGAUUCAAGACAUGUUCAAUAGCAGUCGGUGGAUGACUGAGGAAGGUUUGGGGCUGAGCAUGUGCAGGAAGAUUUUAAAGCUCAUGAAUGGUGAAGUGCAAUAUAUUAGAGAGUCAGAAAGAUGUUAUUUCAUCAUUACUCUUGAACUCCCCAUGCCUCAGCGAUCAAAGGAUAUUGACUAGCUUUCUGGACCUCAAAAUCACAGUUCAAAUGUUUCUCAACUUCAACCAGUCCUCCUCCCUCCGUCUCUCCAAGUACAUAUGCUAAGUAUAAGUUCCUAACACUUGGGUGGACCAAACAUCUCAUUGAAUUCUGCAAAUGGUUACUCGAUCAAUCGACUUCCAACCGAUUUUGGGAGAUAUUACAUCUCAAAGUCCCCAACUUUAAUCUUGACUUCUCAAGAGUUGGAAGAUGAUCUUUUAGCCCGAGAUGUAACCUCAUAUCUCUUUAGACCUCCUCCCCUAAUGCAACAGUAUGCUGUGCCUUUGAGACCAAGAAGUGCUACCUGAAUGCUAUGUAAUCAAGGCUGCCAUUAGGAAAAGCUGUCCCCCUCGUAGUUUUGUCAUUGAAGUAUGUCAUAUCGACUGUUGAGUUGCAACGUGCUCCCACUGUAAGUAUGUGUCAUAGAUACAUAAGGUCCAUACGGUGUUACAGAGUCAACAAUGAUUGUAACAGUAUCUACUUCUCAGGGUUACCCUCUUAGUUUUGGCUCUUAAUGUACCAUGUAAUAAAGCCAACAGUCUGGCUUUUAGGAAGGAGGAGGUCUUGGGCCAUACAAUCUGAUCCAUAGAUGGUUGCUCUUUGAUUGGUGAGGAAUUAAUACAAAGGCCACUUUGUGAA